AUGUGGGCCACGGGGAUCAUCACAUUGCUAUUUUUUGCGUCGUCUGCUUCGGCUGCUUACCUGGGACUUCUCGGCAGAGCCAACAGACUGUGUCCAGCUGUCGUUGAUACCAUCGCAGUGACAUCGACCGUCAGCGUCACCGUUCCGGCCGUUACCGUCACUGUUGCGCCGACCCUUCCUCUGGCCUCGUCGGACCCGGCUGUCGCUGCGUGUCUGAGCGACGCCCAGGCAACGAGCAUAGUUGGCCUCUGGAAGACCGUCCUCAGUCACGCAGACCGCAAUGUCGCGGAUUCCACAGCUCAACAGCUGAUCACCGACGAGUUCCUAGGGACAAGCGAUUCCAUGAAUUCACUCGCUGGAACUUCGUUGGGCAACGCCACGUUUUCCGGCAAAGACGCUUUCAUCACGGCUACACUGAACGCACCACCCAUCUCACUCCUUACCAUACUGGACAUCUUCCACGACUGCAGCCGCAUUGCAUUCUACUGGGCAGCCACCGGUGUGGCUUCAGGCGCCGAAGAGAUCCGAGGCAUUGACCUGCUAUAUCUGACGGACGACCGCAGUCAGAUCAAUAUGGCCAUGACCGAGUUCAACAGUCUGGCGUGGGCAAAGGACAUUGGGUGGAAGAUGCAGAGGACGGACGGGACGCAGUAUUAG